ACAAAGCGCCAUUAUAACCAACGUGAAAUAAGCCACGAGGUUUAAAAAUAGGCAGUGUUUAAAGAAAGAGCCGGUCUCUAAGAUACCACGGUGUGUACGUAGCGUAGGUAUAAAUAAAAAAUAGCGACAUUUAUUAGAGAUACGAAUUAAAUAUAGUUAAUCGAUAAUUUCGAUGUUUGAUUAUUACCUCACAAAUUGGGGAAUAAAGUUAACGAGAAAAGUCGGUUGUUGGUGUGGGUAAUUGUGCUCUCGUUGAGUUUCACUGUUCGUUUGUACAAUAUGUCUGAUUCGCCUUUUACCAAUAGUGUUCGUGUUUAUCGUUUGAUAAAGCGAAAAUUUAUUCUGCGCCUCAAGAAAAAUGUAUUUUUACAUUACGGAUAAAUUGGAAAUAGAAAGAAAUAGUUUUUCUAACUAUUCAAUGUGAAUAUAUAAAGAACAUACUUUUUAAAAACUGAAAUAAAAUAUAGUCCAUUGUCGAACGAACAUUGUGCUAUUGUGACAUCAGGAAGUUUUAACAGAAUACAAAGUUUAUUACUUCGUUAUUAACUUCAAAGAGGAAAAUACCCUGCAUAUUAGAAACUAAUUUUUCUUAAAAUUUUUUGAAAGUAAUGGCGAGCAAGGGUACCACAGUGGAUGUUUCGGCCGCAUCUACUUCGGCAGGUGGUACAAGUGGAAAUACCACCCCAGCACGUCGUCUGCGUACGCGAACUUCAACGGGAGGAAAUGUGAGCGGUGGUGAUUCUGGUAAAAAGAAUAAUAGUAAUAACAGUAACGCGACGGAACGCUAUGUGAAUUCGUCAGACUCAAAUAAAAAUAACGGAGGCGGAACUAAUAAUGCUGUUACCGCAACUUUGGGCGCAGGUGGUACUUCAGUUGAUGAGAAGCAAAGUACUAACAACAGUUUAAAUGCAGCUAAUGGAUCAGGCAAAAAAUAUCACAAUAGUUGUCCUCACCCAACAAAUGAACGCGGCAGGGGUAAACCGUUAACACAUUUACAACCACACAGCUCUAGUACAUUUAAUUUAAAUAAAACCGAAGAAUUUCAUUUCGAUACUCCUGUGGAAUGUCCUGUUUUCCGUCCUACACAGGACGAAUUUAAGAAUCCACUGGCUUAUAUAAGCAAGAUAAGACCCAUUGCCGAGAAAUGUGGUAUAGCAAAAAUUUUGCCACCCGAAUCAUGGUCACCACCAUUUGCCGUAGAUGUAGAUAAAUUAAAAUUCACACCACGCGUACAACGUCUUAAUGAAUUGGAAGCAAAGACACGCGUGAAGCUUAAUUUCUUAGAUCAAAUUGCCAAGUUUUGGGAACUUCAAGGUUCUUCAUUAAAAAUCCCAAUGGUAGAACGUAAAGCUUUGGAUCUGUAUACAUUACACCGUGUUGUCCAAGAGGAAGGAGGCAUGGAACAAACUACAAAGGAACGCAAAUGGGCAAAGGUAGCAAAUCGUAUGAUGUAUCCAUCGAGCAAAAGUGUCGGCGCUACAUUGAAAUCACAUUAUGAACGUAUCCUUCAUCCAUUUGAAGUUUAUACUUCCGGUAAAGUGUUAGGAGCUGGCACAAGCACAAGCACCAGUCUAGAUGCCGUGAAAUUGGAAGAUGGUACGGAUUAUAAAACACAUGAAAUUCCAACACGGCAACAAAUUACGCCGCCUAAUGAAAACAAUGCUCGUCGAUCGAAGCGAUUUGCAAAUUCCAGUGCCAAUUGUGGUCUGGGUAAUACACCAACACGCUGCAAUGUAAAAACCGAAUCAAAGGAAGAUUGCAAGCGAGAUCUUUUGAAUAGUUUUAAUGUAUCCGGUUCUUCAACAUCUUCAACAGCGACCCGUGUCCAAGGUGGAGGAACUGGCUCAGUAAACUCAUCGGCUCAAAAGAAAGCACCGGAUCCUCAAAUAGUUGAUCCCUUGAUGAAAUAUAUUUGUCACAUCUGUAAUCGAGGUGAUGUAGAGGAAUCGAUGCUAUUAUGCGAUGGAUGUGAUGACAGUUACCACACAUUUUGCUUGUUACCGCCGUUGUCAAGCAUUCCAAAAGGGGAAUGGCUUUGCCCACGUUGUGUUGUGGAGGAGGUAAGCAAGCCUACUGAAGCCUUUGGCUUCGAGCAAGCAGAACGAGAAUAUACAUUGCAACAAUUUGGACAAAUGGCGGACCAGUUUAAAAUGGACUACUUUCGUAAACCAGUGCAUCUAGUACCUACCCAUUUGGUGGAGCGAGAGUUUUGGCGUAUUGUCUCUUCAAUUGACGAAGAUGUCACUGUGGAAUAUGGGGCUGAUUUGCAUACCAUGGAUCAUGGUUCGGGUUUUCCGACAAAAAGCUCUUUAUAUUUACUUCCCGGCGAUCAAGAGUAUGCUGAAUCUAGUUGGAAUUUGAAUAAUUUACCCUUGCUGGAAGAUUCCAUUUUGGGUCAUAUUAAUGCUGAUAUAAGUGGUAUGAAUGCACCAUGGAUGUAUGUUGGUAUGUGCUUUGCAGCCUUCUGUUGGCAUAAUGAAGACCACUGGAGCUACUCAAUUAAUUACUUGCACUGGGGCGAACCGAAAACUUGGUACGGUGUACCCGGCUUAUGUGCUGAACAAUUUGAAGAGACAAUGAAGCAGGCAGCACCCGAACUCUUUGCCUCUCAACCCGAUUUAUUACAUCAAUUGGUUACUAUAAUGAAUCCCAAUAUACUAAUGAAUAAUGGUGUACCCGUUUAUCGAACGGAUCAGAAUGCGGGUGAAUUUGUCAUCACAUUCCCGCGCGCAUAUCAUGCUGGCUUCAAUCAGGGUUACAACUUUGCUGAAGCGGUAAAUUUUGCUCCCGCUGAUUGGCUAAAAAUGGGCAGAGAAUGUGUUAAUCAUUAUUCGAUGCUACGCAGAUUUUGCGUAUUUUCUCACGACGAGCUUGUAUGUAAAAUGGCACUGGAGCCAGCUAAAUUGACCUUUGGUAUUGCUACAGCGUGUUAUAUUGACAUGGCAGAAAUGGUAGAUUCCGAGAAGAAAUUACGUAAAUCCUUACUCGAAUGGGGUGUGACACGCGCCGAACGAAAAGCAUUCGAACUGGUGCCAGAUGAUGAACGACAUUGUCAAGAAUGCAAUACCACAUGCUUUUUAUCAGCCGUCUCAUGUGAAUGUACUAAAUCGAUCGUUUGUCUACGCCACUAUACAGUGCUAUGUGAUUGCCUUUCUGAAAAGCAUACACUUUUAUAUAGGUAUACACUUGACGAAAUGCCACUAAUGUUGCAAAAACUAAAGGCCAAGGCGCAGAGCUUUGAACGGUGGUUGUCACGCUGCCGCGAUAUAGUCGAUGAAAACACAACCACUUCUGCACCGUUAUCGGAAUUACUAGAUUUAUGUAAGGAAGCGGAAGUGAAAAAAUUUCCAUCAUCACUAUUAAUAGAUCGUCUACACAACGCCAUUGGUGAAGCUGAGAAAUGCGUAACUGUAAUCCAGCAAUUGGGUAUAAACAAGGUACGCACACGAUCUGAUAAUAACCAGGAGGCAGCCCAGUACAAACUUACAAUGGAAGAAUUGGAAUUAUUUGUACAAGAAAUUAAUAAUUUAUGUUGCAUUAUAGAGGAAGGUACAUCUGUGCGAGAGCUUCUCGUGCUUGGUAAGCAAUUUUCGGAGCGAGCAAACACAUUGUUGGAUCGUGCAAUUGACUGUUUGGAAGAGCCUGAAAUAGAACAGUUAAUUAAUGAGGGUAAUUCACUUCGAAUCGAAUUGCCACAGAUUAAUCAAUUGUACAUGCGUCAGAAGCAAAUCAAGUGGUACAAACGUUCCCAAGGUAUGCGCAACGGCAGCACUAAGUUGACAUAUAGUGACAUAAAGAAUUUGCUCACCAGCGCGGCAGCCGAAGUGGAUCCAACUGAUCCGAUUAUCGAUAAAGAAAUGCGAAAAUUACAAGAGAUCGGUGCGGCAAUUGAAGCCUGGGAGAAGCAAGCAACACGUUAUUUUCAUUGUACUACACAACAGCACGAGUUGGCCGAUAUUGAGCAUUUUCUUAAAACAGCAUCGGAAAUAGAUGGCCAGGUGCCGUCAUAUGUAACACUUAAGGAUGCAUUGCGUAAAGCUAAAGAUUGGUUGCAGUCGGUUGAACAGUUACAGACCAAUGACCACUUUCCAUACUGUCAUACCCUCGAAGCCAUUGUGCAGCGUGGCAAGAAUAUACCGAUUCAAUUGGAAGAGCUGAAACGGAUGCAGGGUCAUUUAAAUAGUGCACACGAGUGGAAGGACAACACCGCUCGUGUCUUUUUAAAGAAACAAACAUUUUACACCUUGCUCGAGGUCCUAAUGCCACGUUCCGAACCCGUGGUUAUUGACUCCGAAUCAAAACAACAAUUUCAAGAUGACUUUGUAAAGGAAAUGAAUCCUGCACAAAUUGUCGAUUCUUUCAAGAAAGCUGAAGAUAAAGAAUUGCGCGAUAUGCGUGAACUUAGACGGCAAAAUAUGUUGAAGAACCCACUCAAGGAUAUCUAUUGCUUGUGUAAAACACCGUUUCAAGGUGUAAUGUUUAAUUGUCAACUUUGUCGCGAUUGGUUUCAUGAGGAUUGCGUUCCACAGUCCAAUUUAACCACUGGAAAUAGUUUCAUCUCACGUCCGAAGUGGCUUUGUCCUUCGUGUGUGCGUUCCAAACGACCUCGGCUAGAAAUCAUACUUCCGCUGUUGGUAUCUUUACAGCGUCUACCAAUCCGUUUGCCGGAAGAUGAGGCAUUACGUUGUCUCGCCGAACGCGCUAUGAAUUGGCAAGAUCGAGCUCGUAAAAUUUUAACUAGUCCAGAUGUAACGGCCGCACUCGAGGCAAUAAAAGCUCAGCAAAGGAAACAAAAGCGAAAAGGUGUCUUUGCAAAUGGUUUUUCGGAAGGUAAUAAUUCACGUAGACAACAGCGUCGAAGGAGCAAUCAUAAUUCCAAAGAUAUGAUUUCUGCUGAUAAUCCAGAUAAUAGUAGUGAUGAUGACGAUGAGGAAGGUCGAUUACAUAUUGUUGAGGACACCUACAGCAAUGAUGAGGAAGAAGUUUUUAAUGUAGACGCAGCACUACCGCUUGAGUUGCAAAAGUUAUUGUCCGAUAGCGAAAAAGAAAAUCUAAAUGAACUAAUGAUGGAAGGUGACCUUCUGGAGGUAUCUUUGGAUGAAUCACAGGAGUUAUGGCGUAUUUUGGCAGCUAUUCAACCAAUUGGCGCUGCAGAGGCAACAGCACUUCAAAAACAACAUCAGUUACAACAGAAACAACAAACAAGAUCAAAUGUCAAUUCGGCCGCAGAAGAUUCAAACGAUAGUCUAUUAGUACAAAGCAGCCCUAAUAGCAACAGUGGUAGUUUUAUUAUGCGAACCCCAAGCGGAAAUAUUAAGAAACGUCGUUCGUUAGAACCUCUCAAUAGUAGUUGCCCGCUACCACGUAAAAAGACUGCAACUCCUAAUAAAAACUUUACACCUUCAACUAAAAAGUCCACGCGUAAAUCAACAUCAGACACAACCGGUGGUGGCGGUGGCGGUGGCGGUAAGCAGCAAGCCAAUGACGAUACAUCUGAUAAUAGGCAAGCAAAUGGCAGCAGUAUGAAUAAUUCGAACACUCCAUCGGCACAGAAGCGACGCAAACGUACGGUGGGAGCUAAUACGAGUAACGGCAACACUCUUGUCGGUCAAAAGAAGCCUUCUCAACGAAACCAAACGCCCCAACAGGAAGACGAUGAAGAGGAAUGUCGCGCAGAAAAUUGUCAUAAACCAACCGGGCGUGAAGUGGAUUGGGUACAAUGUGAUGGUGGCUGCAAUGAGUGGUUCCACAUGUUCUGUGUUGGCUUAAAUCGAAAUCAGAUAAAUGCUGAUGAUGAUUACUUCUGUAUACGUUGCUCGAAAACGAUGAAAUCCACGGAAGUGUCAGGCGGUACUAAUAAUAAUGCCAGUAUGUCUGUAAUUGAAACCGGUGCAACAACAACAACAACAACAGCAGCAGCAACAACCACGACGCCCUUUUCCCAUGCUAGUGGAAGUAUUAACAAUAACUCCUCGAGUGCAGGUGGAGGUGGGUUAUCGGCACAGCAGCAACCAACGACAAACACCACUAAUAGCAGCGCAAAGGGUAAAGCACAAAUAGUGCGGUAAAUUAUAAGUAUGUAUGUAUAGUAAUAUAUAUGUAUUAAACAAAAACAAGUAGAUUUCCAUAUUUUUUGCGAAUGUGCUUAUUUGUUUAGGAUUCAGUAAAUGCAAAAAUAAUAAUAAUAUUAAUAAUAAUAAUAAUAAUAAUAAUAAUUUUAUUUGUAGAACGAUUUAAAGACUGCAGCGUUGAAAUUGAGUUUGAUUUCAUAUCUCCAUAAAUAUUUUCAUAACAAUUUCUUUCCGUAAUUAUUAUUUUCAUGUUGGAAAAUGUUAUUUUUAGAAAAUAUGAUUUCGAAAACGGCAUUUAUUAUUUUAAAAAUUUGAUUUUAAACACAUUAAUCAAAAUUGUUCCGUUAUGAUAGUAAAUAUAAAUAUGGACAAAAAAGAACAAUAUGAAAUCACUUCGAAAUAGCUCAAUUUGGAGUAAAAAAUAAUGAUUUUUUUUUCACCCGGUCAAUGUCUUGUAUAUUGUAAUGAUUGUCUUUGAAAUUUGUGUUAAUUUGACGAUAUAAAAGAUCUGUGUUCCAAACGGUUCUUGAUUAGUUGUAUUAAAUAUAUUUAUAAUAUCGCUUCAAAAUUGAAUCAAUCUAUAUAUACUUGCAUAUUUCUUCUGGCGAGCAUAAUAAAUUACGGUUAACGUCUUGUACAUACAUACUACAUACAUGCAUACAUAUGUUAACAUAAACACGUACAUUCUUCUGCCUCUAAGUUAUAGUAUGGCUGGUGUUUAUAGCCCUAACAGACUUAUGAAUACCACACAUUUGUAUAGUAGCACAUGGUUGUCUCUUUAUAAACCAUAAAUAUACCAUUCUAUAAUGUGGUUUAGCGCUAGUUCCUACAUCACGCCUAUGAACGCCCCGUAAAGUCAGGAUACCAUGAAGCCCAACUAAUAUAAAAGCAAUAAGCGUGUCUACUUCUAGGCGCAUCAACUUUUAUUCCUCUUAAUAAUUUUCUAUGCGCCUGUGUCUAUGCAACGCAGGUGGCUGCGUAUAUCUCUGCUCAUCCAUUGCAAUACAUAUGUACAUAUGUACACGAAUACACAUCUGUCACUGGGCUAUUAUUUUGAAAAUUUAGCAUUUUGAGCAGUAUAUAUGCAUAUGUACUAUCAAACAAGUUAUAUGUAUGUAUAUGUAAAAGCAUCCCAACUGUUGCACUUAUACUUCAAUUUUUCAUUAUUUGCUUCUUCCUGCCAUACAUUAAAUUUCGAGAAAAAAAAAUGAAUAAUAAUAAUAAUUUUUUCUUGGCAUUACCUACCAACCACCAUGUACAUUUUGGCAUCAUUGGUUUUGCAUUCAAUGCGAUAUUGCAGUCGAAAAUCUAUAAAUUUACAGUAUAAAAUAUGGAAAAAUUAUCAGGUUAAAUGAAAAAAAAGCAGAAAAAGUUAAAUUUAUAUAAAUUAGUGCAUAAAUAUGUAAUAAAAUAAGUUAUGUUAAGUAUUAGAAUGUACGUAUACAUAUACAUAUAUAUAUAUAUAAUAUCAAUGAGCACUAGUUUAAAUACAAUUAAUCUUCUUAACAUACAUAUAAUCCCGGUAAGUUUUCUUUAAAUAACCUAUUUUGCGUACGUUAGAAACGCAUAUUUUCCAAACAUGUAAGUCGUCGCAUAUCCCACAAACUAUUCCAAAUGUUUGCGAGUGGUGUGAAUGUAAUAAUAUAGCGAUUAAAAUCAAUAGGAAAAUUUAAAACAUUUCUUACGUGAAACCGGUGUGCGCAUUUAUACAAGAAAUGAAUGAAGUUGAAGGUGCGCGCUUUAGUUUGAAAUAAAAAAAAAUAAAAAA